AAUUCCACCAGAGUGUUCAACCUCUAGUGAUUUUCCCCCCAAUCUCUAAAAUACCAACACCAACUUUACCAUUCAAUCACAAAAAAAAAUCGGCUUUAAAAAUCCUAACUUCAGAAAUAAGAAGAUAUGGGAGCCAGCAAGCAGAAGAAAGCGGAAUACUUCCCCAAGCUCAAGGGCUUGCUCGAGGAGUACCGCUCAGUUUUCCUCGUCACCGUCGACAAUGUCAGCUCUCAGCAGAUGCACGAGAUCCGACAAUCCCUACGUGGAGAUGCCGUCGUCUUGAUGGGAAAGAACACUAUGGUCCGCCGAGCCCUGAAGACCUUCAUUCCCGAUUCGCCCGAAUACGAGCGACUUCUUCCUCACGUCAAGGGCAACAUUGGCUUCGUCUUCACUAACGGUGAUCUCAAAACCAUCCGUGACAGGAUCCUGGACAACAAGGUUGCCGCCCCUGCCCGUGCUGGUGCUGUCGCGCCCGCCGAUGUCUGGGUCCCCGCUGGCAACACCGGUAUGGAGCCUGGUAAGACUUCUUUCUUCCAGGCUCUCGGUGUCCCCACCAAGAUCGCUCGUGGUACCAUCGAAAUUACCACCGAUUUGAAGCUCGUCGAGUCUGGUAGCAAAGUCGGUCCUUCCGAGGCUACCCUUCUUAACAUGCUUAACAUUUCUCCCUUCACCUACGGUCUGGGUGUCUCUCAAGUCUACGACCAGGGCAACACUUUCCCCCCUGAUGUCUUGGACAUCAGCGAGGAUCAGCUCCUCAAGUCUUUCUCAAGCGCGAUCACCACCAUCGCCGCCUUGUCGCUCGCCAUUAACUUCCCUACUCUUCCCUCUGUCAUCCACUCUUUGGUGAACAGCUACAAGAAGGUUUUGGCUGUUGCUAUCGAGACUGAGUACAGCUGGCCCGAGAUCGAGCAGCUCAAGGACCGCAUCGCCAACCCCGAUGCUUACGCCUCUGCCGCCCCGGCUGCCGGCUCUGGCGCCGCUGAUACUGGCGCCGCCGCUGCUGCCGAGGAAGAGAAGAAGGAGGAAUCAGAAGAGGAGUCUGGUGACGAAGGUUUCGGUGGUCUCUUGUACUGACUAAAUUUCAUGGCAUGAUCACGGUGUUGUGGGAACGGCAUCAAACAGGGCUUCGGUUGGGUUGGGAAGGUCUAAACGUCCGAAUAACGACGGUAAAUAGGUCUUUUAACGAUCAAUUGAGGAAAACUGCAGAAGAGUCGA